CUGGGCUGCGGGGUUCCGUGCUGCGGGGCAGGGACGGUCCCGGCGCCGUGUUUGCGGGAAGGCGCUGCACCCCCGCCGCCCCCAACCUGCAGGCCUGCGGCUUCUCCAGAAGGGGGUCCUCGGGCCUUCCUGCCGGGGACCCUGCAGCUCUUUGGUUGGGGAACCUCAGGAGUGGGGUCUCGGGCCCCUUGGCCGUGGGCUCCAGGACCCUCACAGAAGCACAGGGAGCUGAGAGAGAAAAGCAGGGCCGGAGGGCAGUUAAAGCGCUGAAAACACUCCACUCAGGACCGUUGACAUAGGGCACAGGAGACCUCAGUGUGGGACCCACCGGGCUCAUCCCCAAAUACCGUGUGGACUGAAAAAACAAUGCACGACCUAAAAGUUGAGAGUUAUGUUUUAUUCGGUGGACAAAACUGAGGACUUAAGCCCGGGACACAGCAUCUCACAUAACUCAGGGACUGAUCUGAAGAGCCUCCUGACCGCAGGUACCCAGGUAGCCAAAACUUGGACCAAAAGGACCUCCUGGGUAUCACAGUCUUGGAAUGGGGAGAGGACGGAAAGCCAGCAUGCGGCUUUGAUAAACGUUUGCCCAAUUGGAUCGCAUUCAAGUUGAUGGGCACGUGCGCUCACCCUUUCAGCCUCGGGAUUUGCUCCAGAGACUCAGGCCUCCCUUGGCCUUGGGCCCCUCCUGUCCACCUGCCCUGUCCUGUCUCAGCCCAGCCCUGCUGCCCUCCGCUCUCAACGGCCCCUGGUCUCCUGAGUCUUGUGUUUUCCUGCAGGAGCCCCACGGCCACUGUCAACAUCUGUGGGGCUACAGCCGAGGAAUGCCUGAUGAGGGCUCGGCGUGGCCCCGCCGUGGGGCACAGGCUGGGACAGAUGGUCCAUCAUUACCCAUUUUUAUUCAUUACAAGCUCCGCGUGCCGCGACUGGCCAGCCAGCUCCAGGCUCCUUGGAGGUGCCGCGGGCCCAGCUAUUCUGGAAGGAAGAAAUGGCCCUUCAUUUAGAUCAACGUGCCUCCCGGCCUCCUUUGAGCCACAGACGUUCCCGGCUCGCGCGGUCCCUGGGGUGCUGGGCCGGGCGUGGAGCAGGAGUGCAGCUGCCACCUGCCUGAGGGGACUGGGAGAGGGGCCGGCACAGGACAGGAACAGGGGGCCCCUGGGGACCCCGGCCGGGGGCUCGGGCGGGCAACGAGGCUCCAGGACCCCCAGGAGCCAGCUCCGGGCUGAGGCCGCCCGGAAGCCCCUCCUGAGCCCUCUCCCUGCUGGCCUCCAGCCUGCGGGGCAUAACCUGCCUCAGAAGGAGCGUGUCCUCCAUCUCUGCCCUGCUGGCCUCGUAAGGGCCUUGGGGCCCGCAGACCCCUGGUGCCGGGGAAGCUUGUGCUCUGGGUGUUGGUCUGGUUGGAGCUCCACAGCCAUCUGCAGACACUCCAGACCCCAGCCUGAUCCCUCCCGGGGGCUCCCUGAGCCUCUGGGGUCCCAUAGCCUUGGGUCCCAGCCCAGCAUUGCCUCUGACUUGCAGGGAUGCAGGGUAAAUCCCCCCAUCCCUGGACUUAGCCCCAACUGCAAGAUGGGGGCACGUCCUCCUUGAAUGCCGAGUGGUGGGCGGCCCCAGAACCUGCGCUUCUACUCAUGCUGCAGAACUAGGACCAGUUCUGCUUUAGGUAAGUCCCUUGCCACCCGCAGCCUCCACGAGGGGUGAUCGUGUCCUGCUGGACCCCCAACAAGAAGGGGGAGAAAGUGCAUGGGGGGCAGUGACCCGCCACGUCAGACAGUCCUGGGAGAGGUUCACUGAUGCUGCGGGACGACCGGGGGCCCCAGGCUGCGUCGGGCGCCCUGGGAGCCCACGUCUCCCUGCGGCCAGGACACCGACUUCCCUCCAGCUUCAGUGUGCGGCCUGUUAGCCCGGGAGAUAAUGGGAC